GAACUUAAUCACCAUUGAAGAAUAGCCUCAGGCCGAAUCCGUGAUCUGUAGCCUUCAAAAUACAAAGGAAAUGGCCUUUCGACGCCGACAAAAUUACGAAAAUGUCAUCCGAAAAUAAAUUGGCCCAAAUCGGUGCUUAAUAGACUUAUCAUCCGUGAAGAAUAGGAUCAAUAAACUUAAUUAUCGGUGGAGAAUAGCCUCGGUCUGAUUCCGUGAUCUGUAGCCUCCAGAAUCGAAAGAAAAUGGCAUUUCGGAAAAAUCACCCAAAAUGUGUGAUGGUAUCCCUUUGUAAUUUGCCAAAAAUUGGCCCGGAAAAAAUCGGUCCAGAUCGGUGCUUAAUGGACUUAAUCAUCCUUGAAGAAUAGACUCAGGCUGAAUCCGUGAUUUGUAGCCUUCAAAAUCCAAAGAAAAUGGUCUUUUGACGCCCACAAAAUUACGAAAAAUGCCAUCCGAAAAUAAAUUGGCCCAAAUCUAUACUUAAUUGACUUAUCAUCCGCGGAGAAUAGGAUCAAUAGACUUCAUUAUCGGUGGAGAAUAGCCUCGGCGUGAUUCCGUGAUCUGUUGCCUCCAAAAUUGAAAGAAAAUAGCAUUUCAGAAAAAUCGCCCAAAAUUUGUGAUGGUACACCUUUGCAAUCUGCAAAAAAUUGACCCGGAAUAAAUCCGCACAGAUCGGUGCUUAAGGGACUUAAUUAUCCUUGAAGAAUAGCCUCAGGCCGAAUCCGUGAUCUGCAGCCUUCAAAAUCCAAAGAAAAUGUCCUUUCGACGCCCACAAAAUUAUGAAAAUGUCAUCCGAAAAUAAAUUGGCCCAAAUCGGUGUUUAAUGGACUUAUCAUCCUUGGAGAAUAGUAUCAAUAGACUUCAUUAACGGUGGAGAACAACCUCAACUUGAUUCUGUGAUCUGUAACCUCCAGAAUCAAAAGAAAAUGACAUUUCAGAAAAAUCACCCAAAAUCUAUGAUGGUACCCCCUUUGCAAUCUGCCAAAAAUUGACCCAGAAUAAAUCAGCCGAGAUCGGUGCUAAAUGGACUUAAUCAUCCUUGUACAAUAACCUCAGGAAUCCAAAGAAAAUGACCUUCUGACGCCCUCAAAAUUACAAAAAUGACAUCCGAAAAUAAAUGGGCCCAAAUCGGUCCUUAAUGGACUUAUCAUCCGUGGAGAAUAUGAUCAAUAGACUUCAUUAUCGGUGGAGAAUAGCUUCGGCCUGAUUUCGUGAUCUGUAGCCUCCAGAAUCGAAAGAAAAUGGCAUUUUGGAAAAAUCGCCCAAAAUGUGUGAUUGUACCCCUUUGCAAUCUGUCAAAAAUUGACCCGGAAUAAAUCCGCCCAGAUCGGUGCUUAAUGGACUUAAUCAUCCUUGAAGAAUAGUCUCAGGCCGAAUCCGUGAUCUGUAGCCUUCAAAAUCCAAAGAAAAUGGUCUUUCGACGUCCACAAAAUUACGAAAAUGUCAUCCGAAAAUAAAUUGGCCAAAUCGGUGUUUAAUGGACUUAUCAUCCAAGGAGAAUAGGAUCAAUAGACUUCAUUCUCGGUGGAGAAUAGCCUCAGCCUGAUUUCGUGAUCUGUAGCCUCCAUAAUCGAAAGUUAAUGGCAUUUCGGAAAAAUUGCCCAAAAACUGUGAUAGUAACCCUUUGCAAUCUGCCAAAAAUUGACCCGGAAUAAUUUCGCCCAGAUCGGUGCUUAAUAGACUUAAUCAUACUUGAAGAAUAGCUUUAGGCCGAAUCCGUGAUAUGUAGCCUUCAAAAUCCAAAGAAAAUGGCCUAACCGCCAUUUGUAAAUGUUCAGUUUUAAAUACCAAUAAAACAAAGAGGUUUUUUACACAUAUGACUUGAUAUAAGAGAUAACGUCAGAAUAAUGUCUACCGACUAAUAUACCAUUAGGACUCAAAUAAAGAUCCAUAAGAGGGAACUUGCAUUCACUUUGGACAAAUUCUAUCCAAUUGGGAUUUGAAUCCACACAAUAAAAACAUUAGUCUCCAAGAAAUUGAAGGUCUCUUCCCUCAUAUUUCCCCCAAAUCAUCUAGUGAGAAAAACCCUAAAAGCAAGAAGACAGCCUCAAAAUCUCAAUUCUGCUCUUUUUAGUUUUGGCGCUCUCUUCUUUUGGCGAAUUCUAACUACCUCGUGUUUGGCCUUUUCCAUUCGUGUCUCCUUUUCCUAUCCUUUCUCACUUCCACGAAUAAGAAAAUUGGUAUUGGUUCAUCAAAGAUUCUCAUUGGAAGAUAGGCUGUUCAUUUCCUUAGUCCCGUGUUCGAUUCUCCAAUACCACUCUCAUUCUUUCACUUUCCCCCUCUUCGUCCCUUUUCUACUUCAGCCGACGACUACUAUUUUUCAUCUGUGAAUUUAUUGGAGCAGACUUGCAACUUCUUCCCCGCUCUUUCCCUUUUGCUCUCUACUUCGCCUACUUCAUCUGUCUCUCUAUUCCGGGUCUCCGCCCUGUUCCCAAUGGCGUCCCUGCAGCAGUCGCCCGCUAUCAAGGGCGCCAAAGUGCUUAUGGUUGGAGCAGGUGGGAUUGGCUGCGAGCUUCUCAAGACCCUUGCCCUCUCCGGCUUCGAGGAUAUUCAUAUUAUAGACAUGGAUACUAUAGAAGUUAGCAACCUUAAUAGGCAGUUUUUGUUUCGUCAGAAGCAUGUUGGGCAGUCUAAGGCCAAGGUUGCUAGAGAUGCUGUACUGAGAUUCAGGCCUCAUAUAAGCAUAACUUCACACCAUGCAAAUGUGAAAGAUUCUAGCUUCAAUGUGGACUUCUUCAAGCAAUUCAAUGUUGUACUGAAUGGGCUUGACAACUUAGAUGCAAGGAGACAUGUAAAUCGCUUGUGUCUGGCCGCUGAAGUACCUUUGGUGGAGAGUGGAACUACUGGCUUCCUCGGACAGGUCUCAGUACAUGUUAAAGGAAGAACUGAUUGCUACGAAUGUAAUCCCAAACCUUCUCCCAAAACAUAUCCUGUUUGCACAAUUACUAGCACUCCAUCAAAGUUUGUUCACUGUAUUGUUUGGGCAAAGGAACUUCUUUUUGCAAAGUUGUUUGGUGACAAAAAUCAGGACAAUGAUUUAAAUGUCCGCUCCAAUGAUUCCACAGGCUCAUCUGAGCAAACUGAAGAUGUGUUUGAACGCAAAGCUGAUGAAAGCGUCGAACAUUAUGGAAGGAGAAUAUAUGACCACGUGUUCGGUUAUAAUAUUGAACAAGCUUUAUCCAAUGAAGAGACAUGGAAAAAUCGAAACAAGCCCAGACCCAUAUACAGCAGUGAUGUUAUAUCUGCUGAACUGAUGCAGCAAAAUGGAAGUUCUGAUAAAGCAGGCUCUGCUGAUGAUCCUUUGUCGGUGUCUGCUAUGGCAUCUUUGGGCCUGAAGAAUCCACAGGAUCUCUGGAGCCUUAUGGAUAAUUCAAGAGUUUUCUUUGAGGCGUUGAAGCUGUUCUUUGGAAAAAGAGAAAAGGAGAUUGGAAGCCUUGGUUUUGACAAAGAUGAUCAGUUAGCUGUCGAAUUUGUUACUGCUGCUGCCAAUAUCCGGGCUGCCUCAUUUGGGAUCCCUUUGCAUAGCCUUUUUGAAGCCAAAGGUAUUGCUGGUAACAUUGUGCAUGCAGUUGCAACAACAAAUGCAAUUGUAGCUGGCUUAAUUGUUAUUGAAGCAAUCAAGGUGUUGCAAAAGGACUUUGACAGUUACAGGAUGUCAUAUUGUCUCGAACAUGUUACCCAGAAGAUGCUUAUUAUGCCAGUGCAGCCCUUUGAGCCAAACAAGUCAUGCUGUGUUUGCUCUGAAACACCACUAACAUUGGAGAUCAACACCAAUCAUUCAAAGCUAAGGGAUUUUGUGGAAAAGAUUGUUAAAGCCAAGCUUAGCAUGACCUCUCCAUUGAUCAUGCAUGGGUCCUCCCUUCUUUACGAAGUUGGGGAUGAUCUUGAUGAAGCUAUGAUUGCUAACUAUUCUGCUAACCUUGAGAAGGUGCUAUCUAGUCUGCCCUCUCCAGUUACUAGUGGGACAAUGCUAACUGUCGAGGAUCUGCUGCAGGAGUUCACUUGCAAUAUCAAUAUCAAACAUAGGGAGGAAUUCGACGAGGAGAACGAGCCAGAUGGAAUGGUUCUCCUUGGAUGGACUCAAGUUCCUACGAAGCCCAAGGAUGAUGAUGACAAGCCCCAUACUGGUAAUGGAGUUAGUACAUCAAAAGCAUCAGAAACCGACCCUGCGGUGGCUCAAGCAGAUGCCGGGGUGGUCAAAAUCAAUGUUGAGGCGAUUGACGCUUCAGGAAAGAAAAGAAAAGGUCCAGAUUCUAAGGACAUCAGCUUGGAUCCUCCUUCAAAUGUUGCCGAUGAAGCUACUGCUGCAAAUCACAAGAAAGUUCAACAAAUUGAUGAGGAUGAAGAAGACCUCGUCGUGCUAGAUCAGUGGGAUAUAGACACAAAUAAGAAGCAAAAGUUGCGAUAGGCGAAGGGGCCUCUAGUCUUUCUCACACAACUAAUUUUGGUGCCAGUUAGGGGAAACGGUGAUUCUUUUGUUUAGCAGGGCAUGAUUUUGGUUCUUUAGAGAGGACAUUUCUAACUUUCCUUGUCCCUUUUGCUCCCCUUAUCUGGUUCACAACCUGUAAAAACUAGGUUACCUCUGUUUUCCUAGCUAGGCUCGAGAGCUCUCUUAAUCCAGGUACCUUCUUUUGUUGGAAAAUGGUGCUAUGUAAACAAAUUUCUUUUAUUUGAGGAUUAUGAAUCUACAAAAGUCUGCAACUUUCUGCACACAAAUGAUGUAUGUGUUCUUUUUCCCCGUUGUUGAGAUGUUUUUUAUCUGCCGCAUUGUUUUUUAAGUUUCUGUCAUACAUGACGUUGAUAUAGUUGUGCCUGUCAGAAAUUUAUAUGACUUAAGGAGUGGAGCAAACAUGAAGAGGCAACCACAGUCGAGGUCUUGACUACGUGGUUCUGAAGAAUAAGGGUGCACUGAGGAU